AUGGCUAGUGAGGAGAGUUUUGUUGUUUUGGUUCACCAUAGAGGAUCCGUUAAGAGGAAAACUAGUUCCGGAGUGAAGUUCACAGAUAAGAAUCCUCUCUGUAUUGUCGUUACUCCUACGACGAGCUAUGAUGACCUUGUUAGAGCUGUAUUGACGAAGCUCGGUCUGGAGGGUGCGAAGCGGGUUAAGAAGUUUUUCUAUCGCAUUCCAAUCACGGUGCUACAGAAUACCGUGAAGUAUGAUUGCUUCACGAUUAGUAGUGAUGUGGACUUGCAAGUAUUGUUUCUUUGUCGGCGGCAGUUUCCGGAGGUGAGGACACCAGAGUUGUUGGCACGGCUGGUUGAUGUGGUAUCCAGCUCAGGCGGUUCGAACCGGAAUACGACCGAUUUAGCCACUCCAGCAGGUUCUAGUUCCCGGCCUGCCGUUGCUUCUUCCUCCGUCCCUGUGUAUCCACCAGUGGUCCAACCUGUCGCCUCCCCGUCUUUUGCUGCUGACCUCAAUAGCGGUGUAGGCGACGAGGUAUGGUCAAGGGAAAAUAUGCCGAACGCUUUAAUGGGUGUUGCACCGGUUGGCGUUGGAGACGGAUUUUUGGGUGAUGCAGAGGAGGAUGACGUCGAGCCGGAUAUGAUUGAGGAUGACGUCGAGCCGGAUAUGAUAUUGGACGGAGUGAGCCUGCAUUGGCGGUAG